AUGAACUCAGACACUCUGACGCGCGGCCUGCUCUUCCUGUCUCUGGCCGCGGCCGGCGUUCCGGGCAACGGCGCCGUCAUCUGUGCCUUCGUCUCGGUGGCAUAUCACGAGGGUCGCCUCUCGCCCGCCGACGCCAUCGUGCUGCACCUGGCGUCUGCCAACCUGAUGGUGGUGGGCAUCCGCUGCCUGCUGGAGGUUCUGGCCACGUUCGAGAUCUACAACGUGUUCAACGACACCGGCUGCAAGGCGGUCAUCUUCGUCUACCGCACGACCAGGUCUCUGUCCAUCUGGCUGACGUUCGUUCUGAGCGCGUAUCAGUGCCUGAGCGUCGCUCCGCCGGGAUCGCGUUGGGCCGCGGCCCGCUCUCUGCUCGCCCAGUACCUGGCCGUCGUCUUCCUGGCGCUGUGGCUGAUCAACACCUCCAUGAGCGCCGCCCCGCUGAUAUUCGCCAUCGGGGCCCGGAACGAUUCCAGACUCCUGCAGAACGGGAUAAACGUAGAGUUCUGUUUCCUGAGCUUCCCGUCCAAACUGUCGCGGGACGCCAACGGCGCGGCGCAAGUGGGACGAGACGUGGUGCCGAUGGCUCUGAUGGCGACGGCCAGCCUGGUCAUCCUGGUGUUCCUGUACCGCCACAGCCGCCAGGUGAAGGGUCUGCGGGGCGGCGGGGCGAGGUCUUCAGAACGCCGCGCCGCUCUCACCGUCGUCACCCUCGUCACGCUCUACGUGCUGUUUUACGGGGUGGACAACGGACUGUGGGUUUAUACACUGACUGUGCCUCAGACGCUGGGCUCCUCGCUGGUCUCAGAUCUGAGGAUCUUCUUUUCGUCUCUGUACGCCGCCGUCAGUCCCGUCGUGAUCAUCGUCUCCAACAAGAAGGUCAAUAAACAGUUGAAUUGUGGGAAAGAGCCAAAGACGCUCUCGGACGCAGCUCAGCCCAGUGACUGA